AUGUCCCGUGUUGUUUUUCUUGUUCUGUGUGUCCUGGCUUGCCUUCAGUCUGCUCUUAGCGGUCAACCAUGCGGUUGCAGUCAAAUCUCUUACGAAUCCUCCGGACUCGAUCUCGGCGCCAUUGAAAAAUACAGCUCGCUUAGUUUGAGCGCGCCCAAUCCCAGCUUAAGCGCGCCUACGCUCAACUUGGGCGCGAAUGCCCUCAGUCUGAGCGCGCCCGCUUACUCGUACGGCGGUUCGGGUACCGGGCAGGUCGGCGUGUCCGGCGACAUCGGCGCGAGCGGCCAGACCGUCGUCGUCGGCUCCGUGCCCGUGCUCGGCUCCGUCGAGUUUAAGGGUAUAGUGCCGGCAUCCGGAUCGGUCUCUAUUUCCGGACAGUGUGGAUGCGGAUGCCAGUGAUUUUAUUUUAAUAAAAAUAAAUGAAUAUUACAUA